CAUACAUGUAAAAAAUACAAAAAAAAUCACAAUCUGAACAAAAAAAAAAAAAAAAAGCGAAAAACGAAGGACAACAAGAAAACUUAUACCAACACGUUCGACUCCGUGCCAAAAAGGUUGUCGAAGCUUUUGGGCAGUCGUGUAAACAAUCGAGCCAGCAUUUUGCUGAUGAGUAUGCUGCAGGCUCAGUGAGAGACAGCGAUGCCAGUGAGAGUGCAGCUCAAAGUGAAUCGUGCCCCAUAUUGUUGCAUGUAAACAGAAACUAUAGACAGCCCAGGCAGCUCCGUGCCCCAGCGUCAGCGGCUCAGUUUGCACAACACAACAAGACACAGAGGCGACACUGUUCAAUGUUCUGAAUGGAGACGACGUGUGGACGCAAACGGGCGACGGCAAGCAGACGCAGCUAUCGGGGCUCCAACGUUGGCCAAUGUUUGCCAACAUCAGCCACGACAACAACAUGGCCAUAAUAAGGCAACAGCAACGAACUAAACGUAAUUCAUGGUUACAAGUACUCAACAGCCUGCUGCUACAGGUGGUAAACACAAGUAUACACCCAUCACAAAAGUACCGCCAUGAAUGAAACAGAGUGUGAGGAUCUCAUUAAAUCUGUGAAAUGGACGGAACCGGCGAACCUGAUCUCUCUGGCCAUACUCGAGUUUAUCAACGUAUUGGUCAUAGGUGGCAAUUGUCUAGUCAUUGCCGCCGUCUUCUGUUCAAACAAAUUACGUAGUGUUACCAAUUUUUUUAUUGUUAACUUGGCCGUUGCCGAUUUACUGGUGGGCCUGGCGGUGCUACCAUUCUCGGCCACCUGGGAGGUGUUCAAGGUCUGGAUAUUUGGUGACGUUUGGUGCCGCAUCUGGUUGGCCGUGGAUGUCUGGAUGUGCACGGCAUCGAUCCUGAAUCUGUGUGCCAUAUCCUUGGAUCGGUACGUGGCAGUCACGCGACCCGUCACCUACCCAAGCAUUAUGUCAACGAAGAAGGCCAAGUCGUUAAUCGCCGGCAUUUGGGUACUCUCAUUUGUAAUUUGCUUUCCGCCUCUGGUGGGCUGGAAAGAUCAAAAGGCCGUGGUACAGCCAACCUACACACGGGGAAACUAUACGCUUUACUAUGCCACCACAAUGUCAAGCACACAGGAUGAGCAACUAGAUGUAGAUAGAAUUAAGCAUAAGGAGGAGCACGAUGCUGCUGGCUCCUUGUUAACUAAAAGUGGCAACGGCAAUGGCAAUGGCAAUGGCAAUGGCAAUGCCUACAAUCCAUACGAUCCCAACUUCUCGCCAAUCGAUGACUCGGCUGAAAUACAUAUUGCAGCCAUGACAACAACAAGCACAAUUUCGCCCAGCACCGAAAUGGAUUCCAAUAUUUUUAAUGCGCCCGCGUUGAAUGUGCCACAGCCGGCAACAAGUUGCCCCUGGAAAUGCGAGCUCACCAAUGAUAGAGGCUAUGUACUCUACUCGGCACUGGGCUCCUUCUACAUACCCAUGUUUGUAAUGCUCUUCUUCUAUUGGCGCAUAUAUCGAGCGGCCGUGCGCACCACGCGUGCCAUAAAUCAAGGCUUCAAGACCACAAAGGGCUCCAAAGGCAUUGGCUCUCGCUUCGAGGAGCAGCGUCUAACGUUGCGCAUACAUCGCGGCCGCGGCUCCAACCAGCAGGACUCGCUGCACAGCAACGGCAGCACUCAAAGCACCACAACUACUCUGGGCACCCCAUCGCCGGAGCGUCUUAGCAAAUAUGCCACGCGUCGCCUACAUCAUCAGCACGAUAAAAUCAAGAUAUCUGUAUCGUAUCCGUCUAGCGAAAAUAUAAAUGAGAUGGCACAGCCGGAGCCAACGCAUGAGCGGCGCACCUCCGGCAACGCCCUCUUCUCCGUACACUAUAACGGCGCCCACGGACGUGAGUCGACAGAGUCGCAACUUUAUCGACAGCAGCAUCAUGGCGGCAGCUCCUGUUACUUGCAGGUCGGGAAGACGCUGCCAGAGCUGUCGCGGCGGCAGAGCAACACCAGCGAAGCAGGUGUCGUGGCUGGCCAUCCGAGAUCCACGAACAAAAAAAUGGGCAGGCGCAAUAUCAAGGCGCAAGUGAAGCGUUUUCGCAUGGAGACGAAGGCGGCCAAAACGUUGGCAAUCAUUGUGGGCAUGUUCAUCUUCUGCUGGUGUCCGUUCUUCACAAUUUACAUCAUCAGGCCGUUCUGCCAGGACUGCGUUGAUCCACUACUGUUUUCGGUGCUCUUCUGGCUGGGCUAUUGCAACUCGGCAGUGAAUCCCAUGAUUUAUGCACUAUUCUCCAAAGACUUUCGAUUCGCAUUCAAGCGCAUCAUAUGCCGCUGCUUCUGCUCCCGGCAGAGCGUCUCUCUGAAGAGCUCCCGUCGUGGCUCUGACAUGUCCGCCAUACGCAUCCAAGGACGUACACCCAGUAUUACACCCAGCGCAGCGGCGCACAGCUUUGGCGACGAGAGCGAGCUGCAUCCGUCACACUCCGAGCUGGGCAACGAGUCCAGAUGACGCUCGUUUGGGCCCAGCUCAAGCUCACAGAGCAGCUUGGGCGGGUUGCGUAAGACGAGCCUGAAGGUGCCCGUCUACGAGAUUUGCCAUCCCCUAGUCAUGGAAACGCCCUCCUACUCCUACGUUGAGACCCCAGGCGAUGCGCCCACCUCAACCAUCAAUGGCACCUCAAAGCGGACGCAAUUGUAGCCGCGGGAGCUGCUGGCGCUGCGCAGCCUAACAGCCAGCGACACGAAUCCCACUGCGACAGCGGGGCAGCGACCGCGGCGCACAGUUCGAAUUGAGUACAGCGAUGCGAGCGUCUAAACGGGAACCUAGGAAUAGGACAUUAGCCUAGUAAGCGACUUGUAUCUAAAACUUCGUAGAUAAAAUAUGAUUAACAACUCUUUGGUAAAACCAAAAAAAAA